UCUGAAUGCUGCACAACAUUCUUUUCUUCUGGUAAGCUCACUGCAAAAUUGAAAGGAUGAUGAUGUUUUUAGUUCUUGUACUGCUUUUUAUUUCAAUACCACAAGUCAGGACGGGUUCCUUGUUAACCGGUACUAACGAUCCCAACUCUACGGCUUUGUACAACAAUAGACGGGAUGUCCAGGAGAUUGACGUCCUCCGGCAGAUUAUAAACCAGGAGACACUCAUCCGGGUAUCUCUUGUCAAUGACGUCAGGGCAGCUGUGGAUGACGUUAACUCUGUGAAGAGAAACAUGACGUCCACAGAAACUACGGUCUCCUCUCUACAACAGACACUAAAUGGAUUGAAAAGUCAGGUCGAUUCUUUAAAAAGGGAUACAACUUUAGCACAGAAAGUAGAGACAUUACAAUGGCAGGUUUAUACCUUACGGCAGGAUAGAACUUUGGAGCACAGAGUAGAAACAUUAGAAAGACAAGUUAGUACUCUAAGUCAGGAUAACGCUUUACAACGGAAGUUAGAAAUAUUACAAAAAAAGGUUGAUUCCCUGACUGAGGAGCAGAAAAGAGAAAACAAUAAUUACCAGAAAAAGAUUCAGGAAUUUAAACGGAAGUUCAGUAGAAAAAUUGCAGACGUUUACGAUCUUCUAAAUAACAGAACGUUGAAAACUGUUCAAAAAGAUGCCAAACUCAAUAAGGAUUGUCAGGACCACUACAUAGAGGGACAAACACAGUCCGGUGUCUAUGUAGUAUAUCCCUUUCAUAACGAGACACAGGUCAGAGUGUAUUGUGACAUGGAAACCGAGAGUGGAGGGUGGACAGCAAUUCAGAAACGAGUGAGCGGAUCCGUGAGUUUUGACAGAACAUGGGCAGAGUACAAAAAUGGGUUUGGAAACGCUAAUGACUCGUACUGGAUUGGAAACGACGUUAUUCACGAGCUGACAAAGGGAAGGAACUCAUCCCUCUACGUCUCCAUCACAUUUAGAAAUGGUACAACAUUAUACGAACUGUAUCAACUAUUCUCUAUUGCUGAUGAGUCAGACAACUACAGACUCUUGCUCGGGGGACCAGCUACCGGGACCCUGGGAGACAGUAUGUUGAACACCGGUUCUCCUUACUCCGAUCUGUCUGGGAUGUCCUUCAGUACCCCGGACAGAGAUAACGACAGGUAUAGAUUUAACUGUGCUGCUUACAGUACCCGUAGAGGGGGCUGGUGGUUUAACUUCUGUCACCGAACCUUCCUUAACGGUCAAUGGUCCCCGGAGUCCUGGUACAGACCAUGGUAUCCCACAGUAAGGAGUGGGACAUCAGUGAGAGGAACCAUGAUGAUGAUCAAACGUCACUAGUUACAGAUAAUUCGGGAGGAAAGAAAUUGGUAGAGGAUGCAAUAGAAUUCCCUCCUUAAAGUUUAAACAACGAAUACUUGAAUAGUCAUCAAUUAUUACUUGUGAAUAAAAAGACUUACUUCUAUAAAAUAUACAUUUUAUAUUUAUAAAAAUUUGACAUAGUACAUUAAGUUAAUUUUGCUCAUGGAGUGUUAUUAACUUUGCUUACAAAAUGUUGUAUACUGUAUUUAGUGAUUUCGUCAUUUUGUCAAUAAAUGACCUUUCUUCAUUUCA